AUGUCGAACCUUCGUAGUACUGGACAAUUACCAUUAAAAACAUCAAUGACCAAUAAAUGGAAAGCUCAAGCACCCAGUAGUGAAAUGCUCGAACGGCAAACACGAGCACUUGAAGAUAGUCUCAACAAACUUAAAUUAGCCAUGCACCCUGAAAAAAAUAAAGCAACUACUGAUAAAAAUGCUCCUAUAUGGGAUAAAGGUAAAUCAGGCCCACUAUCACAAUAUGCAAAUCAUGUUUUGCGUGAUGAACCAAGACGAGUAUUCGAUGCUAAUAAACCAACAAAAAUUCGAGUUCUAGGCGAUGAACCUCCAGCUACUAUUGUUCGACCAUCACGUGUAGCUAAUAUAUUUAAUCCGAAACCAGCAACUACUGUCGCUAAUAAGAUUGUAAAAUGUGGUCAAUGCGAAAAGGAUGAAGCUAAAAUGAAAUGUCUUGAAUGUGCGGAAUCAUAUUGUGCAACUUGUUUUGCACAUUUUCAUCUUCGCGGUGCUUUACAACGUCAUCGCUGUAUUUCAUUAAAUGAUAGUCGGCCGCCCACGCCUCAAAAGAAAAAACCACCUGUUGGCGCAGAUGUUAUAUUUAAAGAAUUACGUUUUGCUCAAUCAAAAGAUGAUUUCUUUCAAAAAUCUGCUACAAGCGCAGAUUCAUUUGAAUAUAACGAUGAUGAUAUGCAAUCGGAAGAUGGCGGAGGUGGAGAACUACUUAAUGGUAAUUAUGAUGAGAAAACAAGUGCCGCAUCAUUUCAACAAGCUCUUUUACAAUGGCGAAAAGGUGAUAGCCCAAAAAAUAAAUCGAAAAAAAGUAAUCGAUCAAAAAAAUCGAAAGCAACACAUGAAACAGGUGUCGAUACAGUUUACGAUACAAAUACGAAAUUAAAUCAAAUACCAAUGCCGAAUAUUGAAUUUCAUUCAUCGAAAUUAAGUUACGGAGAAAAACUUCUGCUAAAGAAAUAUAGACGUGCUAAUAAGAAUAAUCAAGACUUUUUUACUCAACAAGGAACACCAGACAAUAUAACAUCAAGAGAACCAUCGAAGAACAGUCAAAGUAUUCAUGCCAAUCGUUCACUUCCACCUAAUAUUAAUUUAUACGACUCAAAUAUGGAAAUUGAACCUCUCUAUGACGAUCUGCCAACAAUGCGUGCAGAUGAAAGUGCACGGACAAUAACUGCAGAAGAAAAUCAUAAUCAUAAUAAUAAUAAUAAUAAUAAUCAUUUCGACCAAGAUGACGAUGAUGAAGAACUAAUGCGAUUAAAAUACCAAGAACGAACUCAAAGCCGUGCAUCUGCAAGACCAAUAUCUCGUCCAAACAGUUCUGCUAAACGAAAAAAUUCCAUAUCAUCGAGACCACCUUCCGUAGCACUUUAUCAACAUCCUCUACCAUCACUAUUAGCAACGAAUCCAAGUGAUGAACUUAAAGCGAUCAUUGAUUCUCAAUCAAUACCAUCUCGACCGUCCUCAGCUGCUUUAAAAAAACCACCGAAAAUUGAUUGUCGACUUCCAUCAUUGUGGAAUCGAAAUUGGAAACCUGAACAGAGUGUGUCUGAUGGCGCUGAUAUGAAAUUAGUGAAAAUCGAUCAACAUGCUGUUGAUCAAUUUGAUUUAGCACUCAAUGAUUUACUUGAUGAAGAUAAAAUUGAAUUAGCCAAUCAUUCAGAUAGUACAAUCGAAACAAAACGUCCAUCAACAGCCACAAAACCUCCGAUAAGUGCUCGUUCUGAAAAAGCUAAAUCCACAAAUACUCCAAGAUCUACACCGACACUAACACCAACACCUCGUCGAAAUUCGCCAUUUAAUUUUAAUGAUUCACCUCGUAAAAUAGACUCGUCGUCGUCGAUGGACACCGGUGAUGGUGGCUUUUUCACUGAUGUUGCUCCUCGUAAAGCCCCUAAAUCUCCUAGGCCACCGCCUGUGAUUCAACAAUCAUCAACUGAUGAAUGGAAACAAUUAUUAAAAAAUCGAUCGGCUCGUUCAUCCGUCGAACAACGCCCGAUGAUACCAAAUUUAGCUUCAUUGCGUAAAACAUCUAUUGAAAAUUUAAUACGUGCACCACCCAAACGUUCGAUAACACUCGACGAAGCUCAUCAACAAAUCGAUGAACAAAGUCGGCCAGGAUCAUCUCUGUCAUCAGCUUCACUUCCCGUUUCAAUAACAUCAUCGAAACCUGAUUAUAUUACACGACCAUCGAUUGAACGACAUCCAAAAUUGGCACCACCACCAACUACUACCACUACAACGAAAAAAUUUCGUGUCGAAUAUCCGAAAAAAUCUUCUGCCACUCUCGCAGCUCCUUCGAUGGUCAUUGAAGGUAAAAAAGUGACAUCAGCAAGAAAUUCAGCACGCGAUAGUGAUGAAUAUCUACAACAAUCAAUGAAUUCAACGCGAAAUAAAAUACCAUCUGGCGUACAAAAAUCUCAACAUUUAUUGAAAACCAGUUCAACAAGUUCAAUGACAACAAUUACUCGCGAUGAUAAUAUUCUAAAAGAUGAAAGUAUGACAAUUACAGAUCUACCACUAAAUAAAAGUAUGAAUCGUCGAUCAACAAAUAUUGAUCAAGAACCGUCGAAGUCAAGAAGAAUGGAAUUUUCAGUCAGGGAUGGACCUAAAUGGCAUCAAUCAUCGUCUGAAUCCACAACGCUCAAAGCAGCUUCUUCCUCUCGACCACGUCGUUCGUCAAAAGUGAAUACUUCUCGGCCAGGAACACCAUCGAAUCCAACCAAUUCAAAACUAGCCCAACAAUUUAGUACGUAUGAUAAUGAUGAUGGUCGAUCAUCACGUGCAUGUCAAGAUGUUGAAGAUGAAGAAUGUUUUAAUCAACUUCGAGUAGAACUUACUUCUGAAUUGGGGAUGGCAAGUCCUGGUUGGGAUGCGAGCUUAAGUGAACAUGUAUUGAAAAAUCUUCGUGGUACAGAAGUUCCGUUUAGUGAGAAAGAAUUACAAGAGAACUUAACAAUGCUCGAAAUAAAAUUACGAGAAACUGAAACGGUGCAACGAUCGCAAACAGAUGAUGAUCUGUCCGUACAUGAAGAAAUUCGAAAUUUAUGA